AUGACUGGAAACAUGUUCAUCAUUGCUCUAGUUAUGGCUGAUCAGCACCUUCACACCUCCAUGUACUUCUUCCUGGGAAACUUGGCCUGCUUGGAGACCUGCUACACCUUCCCCAUCCUGCCCAGGCUGCUGGCCAGUCUUCUGAUGGGGGACAGAACCAUCUCUUUCAUGGGCUGAUUACAAAUGUAUUUUUUUGGUUCUUUGGCAGCUGCAGAAUGUUACCUCCUCACAGCAAUGUGUUAUGAUCGGUAUCUGGCAAUAUGUAAACCACUGCAUUAUGCAACCUUUAUGACAGCCCGGUUCUGCCUUCAGCUCACAGCUGGGUCUUGGAUAAGUGCAUUUCUGGCUAUUAGCAUAAUAGUAUCAUUCAUGUCACAGUUAACUUUCUGUGGCCCCAAUGAAAUUGACCAUUUCUUUUGUGAGCUCACCCCAGUGGUAAAACUCUCCUGCAGUGACACCAACGUGGUAGAAUUUGUAGCAUUCCUAUUUACCUCCAUUUUCACUCUGCCCUCAUUUCUAUUAACCAUUAUCUCUUAUGUUAUUAUUAUAGCCACCAUUUUGAGACUCUCUUCCAUCACUGGAAAGCAAAAGGCAUUUUCCACCUGCUCCUUUCACCUCAUAGCUGUUACAAUGUUCUGUGGGACAAUAAUGAUUGUCUAUGUGUUACCAAAAAACAACACACAUAGAGAUUUAAACAAAUUGUUUUCUGUCUUCUACACUGUCUUAACUCCUAUGGUCAAUCCCCUUAUAUAUAGCCUGAGGAUAGGUCUCAUGGGGAAAGGAGAAGGGGAAAAUCAAACGUCCAUCACCAAGUUCAUUCUCCUAGGAUUUGGAAAUGUCCCAGGACUGCGGGUUCUUCUCUUCCUGGUGUUUCUUGUGAUCUACAUGGUGACCAUGGCCGGGAACAUCCUCAUCAUUGUGCUAGUUGUGGCUGAUCAGCGCCUUCACACCCUAUUGAUCUACGUGGUGACCAUGGCCGGGAAAAUGCUCAUCAUUGUGCUAGUUGCCUCUGAUCAGCACCUUCACACCCCAUGUACUUCUUCGUAG